GUUACAUUGGAUUUGGAAAGUGCGCAACUAGAACUAGAAGCUGCCGAGGCUAGUAAAAGAGCUGUAGAUGCCAAGCGGCGUGCCGCGGCAGCUUUACGAGCAGAUGGGUUGGUUCGGAUUGCAAAGAAAGCGGACGAUGUACCCGUCGAUGAUCAAAUCAGGGUAAAACAUCCUUUAGCAGAAGAAAAGGUUGCAUCACCGACGCUGAGACAUCCUUGGGAUUAUGAACCGAAUAAUUUCUAUACAAAGCCCAGUUCCGAUAUGGUAGGCUUCAAGAUUGAUAAGUUGCUUUUUAUAUUUACUCCAAGGUAA